AUGCUCAGUGAUGAAGGAUUUGAUGUUCUGAAUUUUAAUGUUAACAUCGAUGCUUCUUGGAUUUCCCAGGAUUUAGAAGAUGCAGGCAUACCUGAUGAGCAAGAAAGAAGUGCUGGACAAGAGAAUUUGAACCUCAGAAUAAAAGAGCUGGAGAAAUUGGAGCAAAAACUGAAACACACUUUAGAGGACUACAUGGAGUCAGAUUCUGUGCUAAGAAAUAGGAUGAAAGAGCUGGAGCUGUCACACAAAACACUUCUUGUAAUGAUUGAUCAACUAAACAUGAAAGUGCACCAUUUUGAAAAUGCAAAUGUGCGUGUUAAAGGGAAACUGCGAGAAGUUUGGGAAGAGCUGCUGAGCUUGGUUGAAAACCAAGAGAAGUCAGAGAAGAAACAAAAGGAGAAAUUACAUUGGCUUCUGGAGCAGCUGAAGACAAAAGAAAGUGAACUAAAAAGCCAAUCUGAGUACUUUGAGCACUACAAACAAAGGCAGAAGCAACAGACAGCAGUGCUGAGAAAAAGGGAAUGUUACCUACAGGGUGAGGUGUUUAGACUGGAAAAGCAAGUGCUAGAUCUCAGUGCCCAUAUUGCUCUUUUGACGUCUGAGUUAGGAGAGGGAAUGGCACAGAGUCUCCAGAAGAAGCUGGAAUCAGCAUCCGAAGGCCCGCAGAACUGUAAACCUGCUAAUAUGCAACUCACAGAAUUGAAAAACUCCAUCGGAAAUGUGGAGCAUGACAUGAAAAGCCACUUUGAGUCAUUUCAGAAAAAUGUGAAGUUCUUAAGGGAUAAAGAGGAGGACAACAGAAGAGAAAGAGCAGACCUGCUGGCUCAGCUUCAGUGCUCCCAAGACGCUGAAGACUUUCUCAGGAGAAAAUUGGAAGAAUCUUGUCAUCAUGUCUAUAAUCUGAAACUAUCUGAAAUCAAACUACAGGAACAAGUGAACAAGCUUUUGAAUGAAAACAAGUCUUUAAAAUAUCAAGCUAGGGUAAGGUUAAAAACGAAAGAAGAAAAGGACUCACAGCUUACAAGACCAGAAAAUGCAGACAACAAUGCUGACCUGAACAGAGACCUACACCAGCAAGAUGUUCAAAACCAGAAAAGGGGAGCAAUCUCAGAUCAACAGAGAAGCAGAGCUGCUCAAACUUCAUUUGUGCUGCUGCAUGCCAUGGAGUAUGAAACACCAGGAUACAGCUGUGAUGGGCCUAAACAGACAGAAAGGCUACGAGAGGAACUGCUGCCUGUUUCAGAGCACAAUUCCAACAUCCUUGCAGAUGCUGCUGAAGAACUCAGUUUAGCUCAGAUCAAACUGGUCACCCUAGGAACAAAAACUACAGGUGCUUCAGAAAACGGUUUCACUUUGUUUAGAUGUACCCCAAGCUAUUCUACCGCAAGCCUGCUUCCACCUUGCUCUGAAAAAGUAACUAACGGUGAAACAAGCAAAGGAAACAAAGAUGAAGAAUACUUUUCUUUCGUGAAAGAACAAGCUAUACUUCUACCAGCAAAAAUGUUCCCUGUUUCUGUGGUUGAAGAUUUGAUGAGAAGCAAACCCAACAUUAUCUUUUUAAAUCCAGAAAGCUACAGGGUAGAGGCUGUCACAACAGUGAAGAAAGUGAGGAGUUUGGAUUUCAGUGGAGCAAAUACCAGUCUUUGCUUGGAUGGUCUGUGUGUUGUUACAGAAGAAGGUUUUUCUGAUAAAGCUCCUACAGCUCUUUGUAGAAAUAUUCCAUGCUCUGUGACCGAAAAUUUUGCAUCCUCUCUUCAAAAAUACAGAGUGGAAAAACAUCAGCAAAAGGAAUUAAUUCUAUCAAAAAGCGUAAGUAAGAAUAAAAGUUCAGAUAAAAGUGUUCGUGACAGAAAAUAUCACCAAAAAAUCUUUAGAUCGAGAAUUAAAGGAGAAGAAAUACAGACUGAGAAAUCCCAAGUACAACAGGUAACCUCUGUUUUUGGGGAAAAUUCUAAUGUUUUAAAUAAGAGAGGUUUGACAAAGCCUGAGAAUCAAGGAAUUGAAGUCAAAGGCAAACGAGGGACUCCACAAGGUGUCCACAAAAUAUCUGUUGAUGUGAAAGACUUUCAGUUGCAUUUCAGAGAGAGUCCUGAACAAGUGGAGAAACAAGGAAGACUCUCCGAAAUCUGCAUAUCUGAUGUGAUGAGGGUGUGCAAAGAUGGAGACACGAUAAAAAUGGGAGAGGAAGAGAAGAAAUCUCAGAAACCAACUCACCAAAUAAACCCUUCAAGAAAUAUUGGACCAAAAGAAGAAAAAGUCCAGUCCCUGAAACUACAUGAAUCAAAUGAGAAGAAUUUCUCACAUCAGGAAAUUGCUGCUGAAGACAUGCAGUAUGCAUACUCUCAGAAAUGUUCUUGGUCAGAGGAAGAGGGUUAUCCACUAAAAAUAUUGUCUCCUAUGCAGAAGAGGUCCAUGUGCUUAAGCAAACACUUCGUGCCAGAGAACAAUUUUUCUGAGUAUUUCUUCCACCUGUCACCACCAGCAGCGGUUCAUGAGCAUAAUAUGAAAACAUAUGAAUUGGAAAAAUUAAUGGCAAUGUGUUCACAGAGGAUACUUCUACUGAUGCAAGAGAAUGAAAACUACUUUAAAAAGGUCUGUGUAUUACAAGAGGAGAAUGAGAGAUGUGUUCAGAAGAUGUGUGCACUGGAAGAGGACAUGAGUGCAUAUUUUCAGUACGCUUUAGAAGUUGAUGAUGAUAACAAUGUUUCUUUUCAAAAUUUACUCAAUGAGAAUGAAAUUGUUGGUAAAUGUUAUAAUGUGUCAGAAGGAAAUACCAAGAGUCCAGGAACAGUUUUUGCUAAAACCAUCUCUAAGAAUCUCUCUUAUGUUGAUGAGAAAAGUAGGAAUUUGGGGAAAGACUCAUUAACAAUUGAAUUAAAUAAACUUCCCAAGAGUGUUUUACCUCUAGAUGGAAAGAAAGUUGGAUAUUUUCAGCUACUUUCUGACCUGAAAGAAGAAAGAAGACAAUGCUUCAAAGAAAUAGCUAAAUUAUUACAAGACAAAGAAAACUAUAUAGCAAAAUAUAAUGAAUUAAUGCAAGAGAGAGAGGGAAACUUGAAAAGAAUAUCUCUUUUAGAAGGUGAAAAAGAAAAUUUAUUGGGAAGUUUGGCAGAAAUAAAAUGUGAACAGGAUAAAUACCGGGCCUUGGUCUCAGAACUUCAAGAGUGCAAAACUAGCUGUUAUCAGACUAUUUCUGACUUACAGGAGGAAAAAUGUGUCCUGAAAAGAGCUAUAGACCAAAUUAAAAAAGAAAAUGCAGAACAACUUGGUGAGUUUCAGAAAGCAAAUGCUGACUUCAUUUUAGAAAAUAACAAAUUGAAAGAAUUGAUGUAUUCUUUGGGUUUCUCCUAUGAAGAUCUGAGGAAAGAAAAAAGUUUGGGAACAAAGGAAAAGAUAGUAAAAAUAAAAGAAGAAAAUAAAACUCAACAUUAUGGUGCUAGGCCAAGGAAAGUUGAAACAGCAUGUGGUGUAACUCAGACUGAAGAAGAUGGAAGAGACCCGUCCGGCUAUUUUUACAGCAAAGAGGGCAGGAGAUCUGAAAGCUACAGUGCGAUGAAAGAGCAAGUGGAAAGGUCAAAAGAGGAAUUAAAAGCACAGCAAAAAGAAUUAGAAAAAUCAAAAAAAGAGGCUCAGAAAUGGUACAGGGAACUUGGCUUUGCUGAAACCAGAUAUGAAGAAAUCAAGACUUAUUUAACACAUGUUCUCUCAGAAUUAGACUGUCUUAAACAAGAAGCUGAAGACAAAACUCUUGGAAAGCAGCACUGCAAAUUAAUGCCGAUGUACACCAUGAAAGAUGCCCAGGAAAUGGAGGAAAAUAAAAUAUCCAGUAAGAGAUUACAGCAGCAAAUACUGACCUUGAAAGCCCAGCUCAGGGACCAGACUGCAUUACAAAAUCAGUUUCACAACUUGGAAAAUAAAGUGGAACUUCUUCAGGCUCAGCUGUGUGAAAAGACAAAAGAACUCCAGAAGAGAAAGUCUGAAGCAAUGUUGACACUAGCUCCUCUAAAGGCUAAGUUGGCUUGCCUGACCAGAAAAUGCCAGGAAAGGAACAGCUUCAUUAUCAGGAUGCAUGGUGAGUUUCACCGUAGAGGAUUUAACAACUCCAUGUUUGAUGAAGAGGUGAGGAGCUUGGUGAACGACGUUGCCCUUGCAGAGUACACAGACACUUUUACAACAACAUGUAAUCAAGAGAUGCUGCCUUCUUCCGCAGACAUUUUAGAGGCCAGUGGGCAGUCAGAGAAUCAUGAGGCUUCAGUCAAAGUGAGCAGGAUGUCGCGGUCAAUACCUGCAACCUUUCUGCAAGAGGCAGAUGGCAUCCACAGCUCUCACAUCACUCCAAAUAUAUACACCAGUUCUCCUGUAAAAUUAACAAGUCCAGAGAGGAUCAUAGCCUUGCAUCGGGAACUAAGACAAAACCAUCAGAGAAAUUGCCAGAUGCCUUCAUUUGUCUCCUCCAAUACAAACUCAAAGGCUGACCCCAACCUGUCCAUGACUCAUGAGGAAACACCUUGGCCUCCACUCCCAAAGAUGAAGGACACACUGGAGCUUUCGAAGCGUGACUGGUCCAUGCAGGGGAGGGACUGCUUGUCCAAAUGGGAUGAUGUAUUUGGGGGUCAAAUAGGAAAUCAGCAUGCAAGUGCUAUUCCCCAGGGAAUUAAAGAGAAAGAUGUCAUUACAAAUAAUGCAUGGCUCUCUAGAGAAAAAACAGAUGGCUCAACCUCAGCUACCACAGCAAAAAGCUCUUUGUCAGACAUGUUGUCAGCAAGUAAUAAAGGUCGAAAUCCUGUGGGAAGAAAUCAGCUGCAUGGGAAAGAAUAAAAACCUCAGAAAUAAAACAAGGCUAGAGAAAAUACUCAUUGGGCCAAUUCCUGAGCACAGACAAAACCUCUGGAGGGAGUAAACUUUUGGUUACAAAGA